AAGACAGGCUGACCUAGGAGUGGAGAGUCAGGGAAGGCUUCUUGAAAACAUGAAGCUUGAAGAAUCAGGACAAGUGCACAAGAAUGGGUCUGCACAUUUCAAGUGGCCAGCAUGGAUUGUGCUGUGGUUGGCACUUAGGCAAAACCAGAGCGAUCGACGCGCUCUAUCUUCCUUCACUCAGGUCUGACUUCACUGGCUGCUUUCUCACUGAUUGGCGUUGGACGAAUCGAGCCUUAGAGCCUUUUCGUUUGACUGCCUUCCGAGGGCUAGGAGAGUUGUGGGGUAGAAAGAGAGCGGGCCCGGCUAUAGCAACUCGGCAUUGAUUGGCUUUCAGGACUUCCUGUUCUCCACACCUUGGACCAGCGCGCUGCCGGACGAGAGGAGGAGGAGGGUGGGUAAGAUGGCGGCCACUACAGCCGGUGUGGGCCGGCUAGAGGAAGAGGCGUUGCGGCGAAAAGAACGACUGAAAGCCCUGCGAGAGAAAACAGGGCGCAAGGUGAGGAAUGCGAAGGAAGGGCCGUGGCUGAGAAAGCCAGCGUUCGCACCCGGAACAGGGAACGACCGGGCAGGGAACUACGAGGAAAAAGCAGCUGCGAGGACGCGCAUGUGCAGUAGGGAACUCAGGCUGCGGAACUAUGUCCCAGAGGAUGAGGAGCUGAAGAAGAGGAGGGUGCCCCAAGCCAAACCAGUUGCAGUGGAAGAGAAGGUGAGGGAGCAGCUGGAGGCCGCCAAGCCGGAGCCCAUCAUCGAGGAAGUGGACCUGGCCAACCUCGCACCCCGGAAGCCUGACUGGGACCUCAAGAGAGAUGUAGCCAAGAAGCUGGAGAAGCUAGAAAAGCGGACCCAGAGGGCCAUCGCUGAGCUGAUCCGUGAGAGGCUGAAAGGCCAGGAGGACAGCCUGGCCUCUGCAGUGGAUGCCACCGCCGAACAAGAAGCCUGUGACUCUGACUGAGGCGCACCCUGUCACCUCACCCCCUGUCAGGCCUGUCCUGUAGCGGGGUCUCCUGAGUAGCCUUUACCAGCCCAGGCAGGGGCAGGGCCAGCUGCAACGCUAUGGGCUGGCUGUGUCUGUACAUAUGUAUGUGUGUUGAACCUUUUUUUUUUUAAUCUCUGGAAAUAGAAGCAAGCAGACCCCUCUGUGUGGCACAAA